AUGGCUUCCAAGCAAAGUGACCAAUCCAUCACCAGCGAAUCGGCGCCGCUCAUCAAGUCUGUCGACUGCGAGAGCGACCAGGACCUGUUUAUGGUUCCCCUGAAAAGGCCCUCUCCGAAGCCGAACCCCGAGAGCUGUCCUCAGCCAUGUUCACAGCUGGAUUCCAAUCCACAUCAGAGCCCAGAAAUGUCUGGGGAUACCGUGAAGCCAGACAGUCCACCAAUGUUUACGUCGCCCCUCAUGUCCCCCGAGUCAGGGGCGCUGGCAGCCGAUGGCUCCCCCAACAUGCUGGGCUCAGCAGCACAGCGUAGCAUGGGAACACCCGAGUCUCUAGGCUACAACAGCCCUCCUAUGUCCGGAAGCAACCAAAAAGCGGGCAUGUCGCCCAUCAUGUCUCCUGAGACGGGUUCCGCUGGUCAGAGCCCUCAACCACAAUCCUCAACCGGGGAAGACACCACCGCCGCCUCCCGCUCGACAGGCGAAAAGCCCAGCCCGUCCACCAAAGCCUCGUCUGUCUACGACAGCCCGCCGGCCAUCGUCACGGUUCAAGAGAAAGUCCAACCAGGCAUAUCCCCGGAUACCACCGAGUGCCAUCCCCCCCCCGAAAUCCCACCCCUAUCCGCCGCCCGCGCCCUGCUCAAGGCCACACCAAACACCACCACCACCAAGCCCGCCAACCUAGGCCUAGCCCUACACCUGCACCCUUCCCCAACCCAAAACACCAAUACCUUCCUCGCCCCUCCUCCACCAACAAACCCCGGAAUCCCAUAUUACCCCCCCACCUCCCCCCUAUAUGCACCCCUAAACAGGGACAAGGACUGGACCGUUCCCGACUCCCCCCUAGAACGCCUCUCCCAACUGCGCGCGACGCCCGACUCGGCGUACGACCGGGCGCGGCAGAUGGAGGUGCGGCGGUCCAAGUGGAAGCACGUGGUAUACCGGUUCCCCGUGCGGGGGGCGGACAACUGGGUCGUCGACGCCGACCUGACCGAGUCGUCGCACGCGCGGCUGGCCGAGGUGGCGAGGCGGAGCAGCGAGGGGUUUGAGUGGAAUGGGGAUGUGGAAUUGGCAGGUGUGUAUCAGGUGCUGAGCGCCGCGCAUCGGAGGGUUAUGGAGGAGAUGAGGGGGGAGAGGAGACGAGGGGGGGUAACGGGGAUUUCAGUGAGUGGAAUGAGGGGGGUAGGCGAGGGGAGGGGGCUAGGUACGGAGAGAUUGGAUUAG